AUGUCAAAACUGAAUCUGAAGACUAAACUAAACUAAUUCCAUCAUCUACUAAAAUAACACAAUGACAUUAUCCAAAUCAAGAUGAUAUUAUCAUUUCUACCUAAACCAAAAUCAAAAUAAAAGAUGGUUUCAAUAAGAUUUUAGAUUCUUUGA